AUGUGGAAUAUCACUCUUGCUCAAUUCCUAGCAAACAACUUUGUCAUCACAGGCUAUAUUAUGCAAGUGACGGCCUCAGCCACUCUCGGCCUUAUCAAACUCACAAUUUUCCUCUUCUACGCCGAGAUCUUCUGGGUGCUUGAAUGGUGUCGAUGCGUGAUCUAUAUUGGUGCCAGUAUUAGUACCGCCUUCUAUUUGUCCAUAACCAUCGUCCAGUUCUAUUUCAUGACGCCACGACCUGGAGAAAGCAUGGCGAAACACUUUGGCGGGAAUAUGGCUGCGAGGGUGACCAGCUUGUCGAUCCCAACCACCUCUGUUGGUCUAGCAAUAGAUAUUUUGCUAUUAAUCGUGCCAUUACUAGCGGUUUUCCAAUUGCGUCUGGCGAAAAAGAAAAAGGUUCAAUUACUUUUGACCUUUCUCAUUGGUAUUUUGUAUGUCUCCGAUCACUCUUCUGUAGCUCUCUCAGCCAAUAACGAAUGA